AUGUUAGGUCGUCUUCCAGCUAUUGUAAUAGAUAAUGGCACAGGGUAUUCUAAAAUUGGUUAUGCAGGCAAUACGGAACCCCAAUCAAUUAUACCAUCGUGUAUAGCUGUAAGAGAAUACAGUAAAGUUGGAACGAAGGAAACCAGACGUCUUGGAACUGGUCUAGAUGACCUUAAUUUUCACAUCGGGGACGAAGCAUUAGCACUAGAUGGGAAAAACGACUUUUCAGUCAAGUGGCCUAUUCGUCAUGGUAUAAUUGAAGACUGGGAUUUGAUGCAACGUUACAUGGAACAGCUUAUCUUUAAGCUACUUCGGGCAGAACCUGAAGACCAUUACUUUCUCCUGACUGAACCACCAUUGAAUACUCCAGAGAAUCGUGAAUAUACUGCUGAAAUAAUGUUUGAAACAUUUAAUGUUCCCGGGCUUUACAUUGGUGUACAGGCUGUACUAGCGUUAGCUGCUUCAUGGUAUUCUAAUCGAGCUGGUCGUUUACUUACUGGAACUGUUAUUGAUUCCGGUGAUGGUGUUACGCAUGUCAUACCUGUAGUCGAUGGUUAUGUGAUUGGUUCAUGUAUUAAACAUAUACCAAUAGCUGGACGUGAUAUUACAUCUUUCAUUCAACAUCUGCUUAGAGAAAGGGAAAGUCAUAUCCCACCUGAAUUGAGUAUGGAAGUUGCGAAGCAGAUUAAAGAACGUUAUUCAUACGUUUGUCCUGAUUUACCUAAAGAAUUUAGUAAGUAUGACAGUGAACCAGAUAAAUGGAUUAAACCUCAUGUCGUUUCAAAAUCGGCUAAGUACCCGGCCUUUUCUGUUGAUGUUGGCUAUGAACGUUUCCUAGGCCCAGAGAUAUUCUUCCACCCAGAAUUUGUCAAUCCAGACUUUACGACUUCAUUAAGUGAUGUUGUUGACGAAGUGAUUCAGAAGUCACCUAUAGACUCACGUCGUGGACUUUAUGGUAAUAUUGUUUUAUCUGGAGGUAGUUCAAUGUUUAAACACUUGGAUCGUCGUUUACAAAGAGAUAUAAAAAGAAACGUUGAUAAUCGUUUGAAAAUGACUGAGGAACUUACUGGUGGUCGUGUAAAGCCGAAGUCUGUAGAUGUCAAAGUUGUCUCACAUCCAAUGCAACGUUAUGCUGUUUGGUUCGGUGGAUCAUUACUCGCGAAUGAGAGUGAAUUUUACAACGUCUGUCAUACGAAAGCUCAAUAUGAAGAGUUCGGUCCAGCGAUAUGUCGUCAUAAUCCAGUGUUUGGUACAAUGACAUAA